AUGAGGAGAUCUUCGGGAAAGAAGGAUGCAACUAUCUUAGAGCAAUUGAUACUGUACGUCGCAAGCGCUGCAUUGAGUAGCUUGGUACUGUAUGUGGGUCUUCGUCAACUCGACCCGAAUCGUGACGCGGCUAAAAAGGCGCUCAAGCAUAAGAGAGAAAUCGCCAAGCGUUUGGGUCGUCCUCUUAUCCAGACCAAUCAAUACGAGGAUGUAAUAGCUUGUGAUGUUAUAAACCCACGAGACAUUGAUGUGGAGUUUGGUUCUAUUGGAGGCUUGGAGGCAAUCAAGGAGUCUUUGUAUGAGCUUGUGAUUCUACCACUCAAGAGACCUGAGCUUUUUGCUUACGGGAAGUUGCUUGGUCCUCAAAAGGGUGUUUUGUUGUAUGGUCCUCCUGGAACUGGGAAGACAAUGCUUGCUAAGGCUAUUGCGAAAGAAUCUGAAGCUGUUUUCAUCAAUGUCAAGGUUUCGAAUCUGAUGAGCAAAUGGUUUGGUGAUGCCCAGAAGCUUGUGGCUGCUGUAUUUAGCUUGGCGUAUAAACUCCAACCUGCGAUUAUUUUUAUCGAUGAGGUGGACAGCUUUCUUGGCCAGCGCCGUUCGACAGAUAAUGAAGCAAUGGGAAAUAUGAAGACUGAGUUUAUGGCUUUAUGGGAUGGAUUUACUACAGACCAGAAUGCAAGGGUGAUGGUUCUUGCUGCAACUAACAGACCUUCGGAGCUCGAUGAAGCAAUAUUGAGGCGUUUUCCUCAGGCCUUUGAGAUCGGAAUGCCUGAUCGCAAGGAGAGAGCUCAGAUACUGAAAGUGAUUUUGAAAGGAGAGAGGGUCGAACCAGAUAUUGACUAUGACCGUGUGGCUCGCUUAUGUGGAGACUAUACCGGAUCAGAUAUCUUUGAACUCUGCAAAAAAGCAGCUUACUUCCCAAUCAGAGAGAUCCUAGAGGAGGAGAAAAAGGGCAGACAUAUUUCUGCGCCUAGGCCAUUGACACAGUUGGACUUGGAGAAGGUUCUUGUUACCUCAAAGAAGACUCAGGCUGCAGCAAGCGAGUACUCUGGUAUGAGCUCGCAAUCUUCAGUUUGGAGAAGCCCAAGGGAUUCCGACGAGAUCCAAGCAGCUAUACAUGGCAUCUCAAAGCUUUUUGCCUCUCAAAUGAUGUCUAAUUCUCAAGAAUCAAAACAGCGUGAUCCAGAAGGAGAUUCAGAAUAG